CUCUAAAACCCUGAAAAGCCGAUCAAACCCUAGCGAACCCAUUACCUGGCAUCGAUGGCCACCAAGAAGCGGAAAGUCGACCAAGAGGAUGAGCUCCUCAUCUCCGCCGCCCCAAACCAUGCCGGCGAACUUCUCCCCCAGGCCCCUCACCAGCCCGUCGUGUAUACCCCGGCCCCGGCCUCUGACGAAGAGGAAGGCGGCGAGGACGAUGACGACGAUGACGUGGGGAAGCUGCUGGAGCCGCUGUCGAGGGACCAGCUUGUCGCCAUCCUCCGAACCACCGCUGCCGCAGACCCCGCCACUCUCGUGGAGAUCCGCCGCGUUGCCGACCUCGAUCCCGCACACCGCAAGCUCUUCGUUCACGGUCUCGGCUGGGAAACCACCGCCGAGGGCCUCCGCGCGGCCUUCGGCAGCUACGGUGACAUCGACGACUGCCGCGUCAUCGUCGACAAGGGUAGCGGCCGAUCCAAGGGUUACGGCUUCGUCCUCUUUCGCCACCGCGUCUCCGCUCGGCGUGCCCUUCGCCGCCCCCAGAAGCUCAUCGAUAAUCGCAUGACCUCCUGCCAGUUGGCCUCCUCCGGCCCCUCCGCGCCGUCCUCCCAUCAUCACAACUCCGGCCCGCAGCACCACCAAAACCUUAAUCCUAGUCCUGGCCCCGCCUCUCAUCAGGACAACAUCUCGAGGAAGAUCUAUGUGGGGAACGUCCAUUCCGACGUCGACGGCGGCCGCCUCCUUGCCUUUUUCUCCCAGUACGGCGAGAUCGAGGAGGGUCCCAUCGGCUUUGAUCGACACACCGGGAAGCCGAAAGGGUACGCCCUGUUUGUCUAUAAGACGGUGGAUGGCGCGCUGAGGGCCCUCGAAGAGCCAAACAAGAAUUUUGAGGGCCAUCUGCUCCACUGCCAGCGGGCCACUGAUAACAAGAGUAAGGCAGCGUCCCUUCAGAAUGCUGCGGCACCGCCAAGUGUCGCAUCCAGCACAGGAGCUCUCAAUGGGUCCGGUUAUGCAGGGACUACGUCUGAUAUGGGGUUAGCACAGCAAGCUGCCAUGUUAGGUCAGGGAUUUAUGGGCAUGGCUGGGGCUCAAGCUUAUGCUCCGGGAAUGCAACCAAAUGCUGCAUUGCUCACUCUUCUGGCAGCAGCUGGGCAGAAUCCGGCAGCUUUCGGAGUCACACCAGCCAUGCUUGCUUCUUUGAACCCUGCUUUUGCUGCUGCAUUUGGUGUCCCGGGGAGCCAACAGGCUGUGCCUUCUUCAGUGAUCCCGCAGGCGGCACAGGUGCCAAACUAUGGGAUGGGAAGUGUUGCAUAUCAGGGACCUCCAGGAUUUCAGGGGUCUACUGGGUUUCAGGGAGCUUCUGGUUUUCAAGGUUCACCAGGGCUCCAAGGCCCUCCAGGUUUCCAGGGAACUCAGCCAAUUUCUCAACAAGGAGGAGGUGGCACUUCUUACCAGGGAGUUGCAGCAGUGCAGGGUCCUAUGUCAAGGCCACCAACUGGACCAAUGGGUGGAUACUGAUUACUCUAGGUUUUAAAAUCAAUAGUAUGUGAAAUUCAAUAUAUCUCAUUGACUCAUCCAAAUUUUUAUCACUUACAUUGGUUAAUGAGGCUGUUGUAGCUGCAGCAUGCUUUCUCUAAUCCCUACACCACCGUUCUGUAAGGUAGAUCUCCUGUAUUGUUUAUCUCAAAAUCAUUCUUGUUUCACUUCAUUACAUGGCAUUCUGCUAAGACUUUGUUUUUCCUUGGUUAUCACCGUUAUGUAAAUAUCCUUUAUAAAUUGAAUAUUGACUUGCACAAUGGAAUUGCAAUGAAUUAAUCUGGAGAAAUGGAUUAUGUUGUGGAGUUCAUUUUAAAUUUGAUAAGCAUGAAUUGUUAUGGUUUAUUUCUGUUUGCAUGCUUUCACCACAUUAAGUUGAAUAUUUUUUCUUACUGUUGCAACUUCUUUGCCACUGAAUAACAAAUGAAUGUCUGAAGUCCUACUGAAAUAUAAUCUGGCAGAUGUUUUAGAAAAGUCAAUGUCAUGUUGUAUUUUUCUUAUACUAGUUUGCUAUAAGAAAUCAUGUGAGGUGUAGAGACUAUAUAACCUUCCAUCAAAAUAUGCACUGGUGCUGCUUGGCUUUUGGAUCAUCUCCAUAACUACUUGUUUCUGAGCUGUUACCUUACAAUAGUCCCAAAGAAUAAGCCAAGUUGGUUUGAAUGGUCGGCUAGUUGUAAUGUCCACUCAAAUAGUCAAAACUCUAGUAGAUGACUGAAGCUUAUGAUUUGCUAUGCUGAUUACAACAAUGUUGGCACGAAUCUUUUGGCUGGUUGCUUUUGCCAUACAACUGGGAGGAAAAACAAAGUCACGAUUAUAGAAUUCUUUAGCUGACAAUUAUGCUAACUUUGCUGUGCGAUGAACUUCUUUACCUUUUAUCUCUGUUUCUCACCUCCUCAAGUUGACAAGUGUGACUGACAUCCAGGAUGCCAUAGCUCUUUGCGAAGUAGUUGCAUCCCAGUAUCUGCUGGUGAGUGGUCAAUGUGGAGGGAUCAUUGGAGCCAAGGUGGGAUGGGAAAUUGUAUAUUCUGCUGCUUCAUCUCAGACUUGUGUGUGCGUUUAUGUCAAAAUGCAGUAGGGAUCAUAGUGUUUAUCAUGGCUGUCGAACUAAUCUGGGAUAUACGAGGAUAUAACCUAAAAAGGACUCAAUUCUGAUGUACAGGGAUGAAAUUCUGAUUUAAAACAAAACAAAAUGUAUUUUUUAUGCCUUUAUAAAUUAAUUUCUGGAAACUACAAAUGUGUAUUCUAUGACAAAUAGGUCCUAUUUAUAAGACUAAUCAUUACUUUUUCAACUAUUAUAUUUUUUGUCUCUUCUAUUUUCUACUCUUCUAUUCUUCUUAUCUUGUUUGUUCUCCCCUUUUCCCUUUUUUCUCCCUUCCCUUUCUAUUUUUUUCACACCAUGACCUACUCUCCCACGAGUAUGCUACCCUGUGAUGCAAAAUUAGAUCCCAUGGACUUACCUCUCUAUUUGUUACAUAGCAGCAGUUUGUAGUGCAAACGAGUACCACCAUUUCUCGUCCCUUUUGUCUCCUUUGAUUCUUCCUCCAUGUCCUUAUUGUGCAUCUGGUUGAUAAUGGCUGCUGCAUGUUGUGGCUUUCAUCUUUCUUUUCAUUCUUAGCGAAUGGAUAGAAUCAUGUCUAGAUGAACUAGUAGUCAUGAUCUUUGGUUGAAUUGGACACAAUCCAUACUAGAAUCCUUGUAAUGUCAGGUAAAACUGGUAUGGCGGGACAAUCUGUCAGACUGUGAGGACCAAUUUUAUACGCUAAGUGCUGUACAAGUAUAGUAUAAUAUAACUUGUAAUGUAUAGCAUAUAAUUUUAUUUAGUAUAGUUUAUGCUACAGGGUAUAAUAUGCAUGUAUUUUUUAAAGAAAAAAUGAUAAUUAACUUAAAAGUCACGUACAGAAUAUGCCUCUAGUCUACAUGCAUAAUAUAUUAUGCAUGUACACUAUCCUGUACUUGUGUAGUUAGCACAGUAUAAUAUAUAGUAUGAUGUAAUUUAGUAUUCUAUAGUAUUUUAUAAUGCAAGGCUUGCAAGAUUGGUAGGACCAGAUCAAUCAAUGAGGAUUGGCAUAAGAAAAUUCAAAAAUCAAAAUGUUCAAAAAAAGAUAAGAAAAGAAGCAAACGAAAAAUGAUGUAUUUUAAAAGAAAAGUGUACAUACAAAUCUGUGCUUUCGAUUUGCAAAUCUGUACAUACAAAUUUCUUUGCUAGUCCUGAUCCUAUGAGCUUUAGAUUUAUACAAUAAUGAACAAGUGCCAUGUCUGUUCACUGUGACGUUCUGAUGUGAACCAAAUGGUAAUAAAGGGUGGCCUAGUGCAUUAGGCUCCUACAAUCUUAUGCAGUUGUACACCCGUAAACAGAGUGAUUGCCUUCACAUGGAUCAUAUAUUGAUAGGCAUAUAAUUAUUUCUUAUUAUGCAUUGUUAGGUUCAUUAUUUGGUGUAAUUGCAUGUGGUUUAUUUGAUGGAAGCGUUGGAAAAUGAAAGGUAACUAAGAGAGAACAUGCAUCUGUUUUUCAGUCUAUAUCUUUCAUUCAUAGUGGUUCCAGAAUCUAGAUGAUUAACGUGUAGCUUGGCUAUCAUAUUCUCAUCUAUUGUUUGUUUAUUUAUUAAGUGCCACCAUGCUGAGAUGCAUAGUUCCAGCUUACUGUGGCCAUAUUCUCUUAAAUUUUCUUUUUUUUUUCUCAAAGAGUUUAUGUUGGGUGUAACAAUGAGUUGGGCAUGGAUAUGACUUAAGACAGUUGCAUCCUUGUAAAAUCCUUGAUUCUAGGCUCUAAAGUUGGUGUCUACCAUGGAAAACAAAUCAUCUUGACAAAUGUUAUAUCUGAUAUAACACCCAAGUCAGUUUUGUCUAGUGCUUUGAGUGAUAUUACAUACAGCUUUCUUCCCUAUAUAUAUAUAUACCUAAUCAGACCACUAAACUUGUUUACAUGUUAAACUCUCCACCAAUUUGGAUGCCUUGCCUAUUCGGACUACUACCUGAUAAGUGUGAGUCUGACUUCUACUGUUGGACUCUUAUGUAAUAAUGAUGUUAGUGGUGGCUAUUAAAAUUUAGUUAUUCAAUGUUUUCAUGAAAUUUGGAAGGUAUUACUAGAAACUUGUAGGCCAACUAGUUACAAUGGAGUUUGAUGGGCAUGUCUCUCCUUUUUACAAAAGAAUUUAUAAAUGGUGAUUAUAAAUGUAAUAUCAAGUUAUAUGGAAACAUGUGCUUCUUAUUGUUCCUCACACUUUGCUGUUUGGGACAGGAAUGAGAUGAAAGGGUGACUUCAUUUGGACCUUCACAUCUUGAAAGCAAUGUUGCCUUAGUCUUUUGCCUUUGGUUGUUGAAAGAUAGGUAAAAAAACUUUGCUCUCCAGGUGUAGGAUUGUUUACAUUGUCGAGUGAAUGUGGUCAAUGUUCUUUAUAUGUCAAUGGUUGAUUUAAGAGUUAGUAUGUAUCAAUUAUGCUAAUGCCUUGUUACAAAAUCUAUAUUCGAAAUGUUGUGUGAACAUGGAGUUUUCUCAUCAAGAAUGACCACAAAUGUUGCAGGCUAAA